CUUCAGGCUCGCAUCAGGCCCUUUCCUCUCCUCAUCGCCACAGGCGGAGGCUACAUGGGAUACGACCAGUACGUCCACUACAAGGACCGGAAGCUAACAAAGAUUGGUAUCGAGGUGCCUCCACGCAUCGCCAAUGAAACCCAGCUGCCCCUCCCCCAGGCAGACCAGUCCUCCUCCAGUCUCUCACUGUCACCAGUCUGCUGCAGCUCCUCUCAGAUCAGCUGUGAAACAGUCACCCCACCUUCUGGCACCCAGGCUCUGCCCUCUGGUACAAAAUAACUUUGAGGCCCCUGGAACCCUGAGAGAGCGAGAGAGAAAUGACAGAGAGCGAAGAGAGGGAGCGAACGGAUUACCCCCCUUCACCACGUCACAUCCGUCCUACCAGAGAAGGGGGCCGGGCUUGAGAAUAGCAGAGCGAGAGAACAAGAUCCAGCGAGAGAACAGACGUGUGCACACUGAGCGAGAGAGAGGCAGCCCCAGUGAGAGAAGUGUCUGUAAUCCCCCCCACACCUUCAGUGAUAAUGUGUCAGAGCAGGAACCUGCAGCGGGCAGCAGCGCGGAGCUCAGGGAAAUGGUGAGAUGCUGCAAGUCUUUGCACAGCCCUCCGUCUUGCUACAAUCUCCACAGAGUUAGGGUUGAUGUGCGCCGGCUCCGGCCGAUCAGCUCCUCUGGGGAGCAGGGGGGAGUCAGCGGCGGCAACAGCUCAGGCCAGGGCACCCAGGGGGCCCAAGCACUCAGCCACAGGAACCGAUUCAGGUUGCAGUUCCCUCAGUUGGCCUUGCGGCGUCGUCUUGGCCAGUUGAGCUGCAUGUCCCGGCCCGCCUUGCGGCUGCGCUCAUGGCCGCUCAGCUUCCUCUACUACUUCCUGACCUUCGGUGCACUCAAGCCCCUGGCAAAGGUUGGCUGGAGACCAACAAGCAGGGUUGCUCUGUACAAGACCAUCCCGACACGGCUGCUGUCUCGGGCCUGGGGUCGGCUGAACCAGGUGGAGCUGCCGACCUGGCUGAGGAAGCCAGUCUACAGUCUGUAUAUCUGGACGUUUGGUGUCAACAUGCAGGAGGCUGCUGUGGAAGACCUAAUUCAGUACAGGAACCUGGGAGAGUUCUUUAGACGGAAACUCAAACCGGCUAUCCGGCCCGUGUGCGACUCACACUGUGUGAUCAGCCCAGCAGAUGGGAAGAUCCUGCACUUUGGGCGGGUGCGGAACUGUGAGGUGGAGCAAGUCAAAGGAGUCACAUACUCUCUGGAGACCUUUCUGGGACCACACACCUGGGCUGAGGCCAUCAACAAUACCAUCAAGCCAUCAAAUGAAGAGGACCCCAGCUCGUUUCAGGACCUGCUGGUGACUAAAGAGGGGAAUGAGCUGUUCCACUGUGUGGUGUACCUGGCUCCAGGAGAUUACCACUGCUUCCACUCCCCCACAGACUGGAGGGUGGCCCACAGAAGACACUUCCCUGGCUCUCUGAUGUCAGUGAACCCUGGCGUGGCCCGCUGGAUCAAAGAACUGUUCUGCCAUAACGAGAGGGUGGUGUUGAGCGGAGAGUGGACGCACGGCUUCUUCUCUCUCACCGCUGUAGGGGCCACCAACGUGGGCUCCAUACGUAUCUACUUUGACAAGGAGCUGCGCACUAACAGCCCACGCUACAGCAAAGGCUCGUACAACGACUUCAGCUACUUGUCCAACAACAACCAGGAGGGAGUGAGCAUGAGGAAAGGGGAGCACCUGGGAGAGUUCAACCUGGGCUCCACUAUAGUCCUUCUCUUCGAGGCUCCGCACGACUUCAGCUUCAACCUGAAGGCCGGCCAGAAGAUCCGCUACGGAGAACCCCUGGGGACUGUGAGCCGAGAUGGCCAACCAGAGAGACACUCUCUGGGGGAAAACGGACUAAAAUAAACUGAUGGGGACACUAACAUGUGUGUACAGAUUUGAGCAGAGGUGCACAGGCUGACUUAGACACACACUCAUUCACACACUGAUGGACUUACAGAAAAAACUCAGUCACCACUGUUGCAUUACUACCAAGGGGGUCUCCCUGUUUUCAUCGACUAGAAUUUCUAUUAACAAUUUACUUAUUUUGUCAGUUGGACAGUUGAUUAGAACUAGUGUACAUACCUGACCAGCAAAAGCAAGAUAGUUUAUAGCAAUUAGUUACAUUUACUUUCCAGAAGAAUAACGACAUAGCUUUAAAAAAAAAAAAAAAAUGUUACUAAAUUGUACCCAUAUUGCCUUUUGUCAGGGGUAUCCUCUUCAACUAGGAGUUCCUCCUGAGAUUUCAGACACAAGCAGCAAGACACCAGCCUGAUUACAGAUCUGGCUAGUGCUGUGUAGCCCAGCUCAUAUGGCCUUUGGCAAUACAUCACAAACAGAUCUGGGACCAGGCUAGCAAGACACAUCUCCACACAUACAGAUAACCCCUGUCACACACAGCCUCUAUCAUGUGGACAGGCUUCCCUAUACAAUGUACAGUAUACACACACCUACAGUACACAUACCACGAAGAAGGAAUGUACCAGAGGCCACACGUCUACCCUCUUCCUUCUCUAAUUUCCCUUCAUUCUGAUACUGAAUGCCUUCCUGUUCUCCUUUGGUCUCUCCCUCUUCUGCCAUCCCCAGAGAAGGUGCUUAUGUUGGGGGUGAUUAUGUGGACUCUUCCCUCCCUGUCAUGGAGGUACAGACUGACACCACUCCUCCCAGUCAGACAAGUCUGGGUCUUAUUCAUUAGGCACCUGCCAGAAGAAAACAGGCUGAAUACCUUGACUUUCCGUUGUAAAAUGUUUUGCCUCAGUCUGCCCUAAUAAAUACAACCCUGUUGUA